ACUUGACAGAUUUAGAAAAGAUAAAAGGGUUUUCUUGGGAAUUCUUGAUUUCUUCUUGAUUCCUGAUCUUUGUCUUUGGAUCUCCCUCCUGUUAUCAAGAACUCAUUUCUGUGUUUGGAUUUGAAUCCAAGAAGAUGGCGAGAAAGAAGAUCGAGAUCAAAAGAAUCGAGAACCUCACGAGCAGACAAGUCACGUUCUCUAAGCGUAAGAAAGGUCUUUUGAAAAAAGCUCACGAGCUUUCAGUUCUGUGCGAUGCUCAAGUCGCCGCCAUUAUCUUUUCUCAAAAGGGAAAAUUAUAUGAUUUCGCUAGCUCCAACAUGGAGAAGAUGAUGGAACGGUGUGAGAUAUACAGAAGGGAGUAUUUUUCGGCAGAGAGAUUCCAAAGAGAGAAAUAUGUGCAAGAUCUUAAGAAGGAAAUCUCAGUAAUGGUGAACAGGAUUGACCUUCUUCAACUCCAUUGCCGGAAGCUGAUGGGGCAAGAUUUGGAUUCGUCUUCGGUGGAUGAGCUCAAAGAGAUAACUAUCCAGCUUGAGAAAAGCCUUACUAUUGUCAGGUCAAGAAAGGCCAAGUUAAAUGAAGAUGAAGUAGAAAAACUAGAAGAAGAGAUCGAAGGAGAGAGAGAGCUCUUGAACGAGAGACCUAGGCUGCACCUGCACGAAAUGUUUGAAGAAAAACCCUUGUGGAUGCAGUCGAGGAGCCUAGAUAAUGAGAAGAGUGCAGCUUCCUGUGGUUACGGAAACAUGAACACAUCCGACGUCGAAACUGAUCUGUUCAUCGGAUUGCCUCAAAGCCGAAUGUUAUGA